UAUAACGUCAUUUCCCUUCUUCGGUUUGAUGGUUAAACUUGAGAGGUGUAGUUAGGCUAAGUGUUAAAGCAUAGCCUGGACGGCUGUUUAUAAAAAAAAUAUUAACACGCAGAGGGUAUUUUUUCCAGUGUGAGCAGUGGCGGUGGCCAGGGUUCAUUUAACGCUGAUACGGCUGUGACGCCAGACUUAAAACAGGGGGCAGCUGGUGGGUUUUGCCCCGAGUGGAGCUUUAAGCUAGCAGGCUAACACGAGGCCAGGGGAAAGGUUUGUGAAUUUGUUCAUCUAGCAUUCAUCUGAUCACAAAAAAACCUCAGUGGUGGAGCUCCCUACGGGUCUGCUUGAGCGCUGCCCGUCAUCUCAUGCCCUCUGUGUUAGCCGGUGGACCGAAGAGAGUCAGGCAGCCAGCGAUCCUGUUUAAACAUGGAGGAUGAAGAGGUUGCAGAGAGCUGGGAAGAAGCAGCGGACAGCGGGGAAAUUGAAAGAAGACUUGAGGCGAAGCUGAAAAUAAAUCAGGAAGCAAAGAAGUCCAGUUUGAAAUCAGCUGGUUCACCUGUGCGAACGGCUGUUGUAAUCCAGGAUGACUCUCUGCCUGCAGCACCACCACCACAAAUUCGAAUUUUAAAGCGCCCUACCAAUAACGGCACCACAGGAAACCCCGCAGCCUCGUCUCGUCCCGCUCAGCAGAUGAAGUCUCUGGCCCAGCGGGAGGCAGAGUAUGCAGAAGCCCGACGAAGGAUUUUGGGUAGUGCUUCUUCAGAAGAAACACCUCAGGACAAUCAGUGCCAGGACAGGCCAGCUUGUAUGAGUGCGCAGCAACCACUGGAACCAGUUCGUUCAAACAAUCACGUAAUCCGUCAACCCACUGGCCCGGAUGGCACCUCAGGCUUCCGACUGUGCAGAUAGGCAAGAGCUGCCUCGUGCAAAGACAUGGCUGUCUUCCUCAGAGGGCACAGAGGGUGGCAGUUAAGAGUGUUGUGUGUGGUAUGAAGAGCAGAGUGGUGGGACAACAUAAAAUUUGACAGAUAUUAAACAUUUGAAGAUGUAGCGUGGAUUUAGAUGAACUUCUCCACCCUCUCUCUUCUCUGCUUACUGGUAUGGUCUUUGCCUCUUGCCUUGUGUUUUCCCUCUGUGGAAGCUUGCAAGGGGCUGGCAGAGAUCAGCCAAAGAUCAGAAACCCUUUGUGUUCCACACCACGAGCAGGCUUUUGCCUCACAUUCCUACACACUGUGAUGCUUUGAUGUACCAUGAGGUGCCCUAUGAUUUUAGGUCUGAUUGGCCGGCCGAGUGCCAGGACAUCAGGUGUCUGUCUCUUCAGGGAGAAUACGAAGAGCUUGCAACUCUGUGGGAAUUCCUCAGAAAAAAGCAAGCACACGAGGUGGCCUUUCCGCUGAUGAAGCAUGGAUCACAGCUGGGUGUCCACCGGGGUGCUGGCCUUAAUUUGUCGGGUUCAGUCAGAAUGAAGUGCUUGACGGUGCUGCAGAUUUACUGUGUGUUCAGCAGCUUGAGUGCACAGCAAUAUAAAGUUGUACUGGUCGAGCCUUCUGGUGCCUAGUAGUGUGCUUUUAAUACUGCAGCUGAUGGCAGUGGCCCAGACAAAAAGUGUCUGUAAGGCACGAGUGGCCAUAAAAGAAAUGUCCGGUGGGCACACAGCCUGUGGGCAAAGAUAGUAGAGCCGAAGGACAGUAUCACUAAAUCUAAGCUUAUCCAAGCAAUAAUGAUGAAAUUACUCCCUGUUUACUUUUUCCUCUUUUAAAAUGUUGCCUAUUACCUGUGCUGUUUAGGUUCACACAUGGAUUUAUUUUAAACAGUUCACAUGGUUCAUGUGUUUCAUUUCUGAGACAUAGUAUGUAUAAGUCAGGUGAUCAGUAGUGUGUAAGAGCCUAGAGGAUAGUCUGCAUAGUAGUGUCUUUUUCAGUUGUACCAAAUUGGCAGAAGUCAUGAACUGAAAAUCUAAAGGUGUGUAAAAGUUCCCUGUGUUUGUUCCUUCACUGUUUCAGAGCAACUAAGCUGAAGUUUAACUUGCAGUCAGCUGAACUGCAUCAAUGGCAGAUGAUGAGUUUGGUGUGUUUUUGCACCACUCAUCUUAACAGCGAACUUAUUAUCUGCUGUUAAGAUGAAGUGUUUUAUUAAUUAUUCAUAAAUAAUUUCAAGCCUAGCUUAGAUGGGGAUGUCAUCUAAUGCUUCAUGCUGGCAAAUAUUCUUCCAGGAUCAGGAAAAUUUAUGAUAAAAUGGUGUUCUUCACACAGUAUCAUCUUACAAUGUGGUUCACUUGUUUGGGAUCAAUUUAAAAUAAGAGUUUGCCUGCAAUAACGUGAUAGAAUAGGCAAAUACUAACCAGUGCUGGCAGUUGUAGUAAACAGUACAUGAACCUGCAGCAGGUUUUUAACCUUUUCAUGCUGUUAUGCCUUAAAAGACAAACGAUCCCUGGUCUCCACCACACGCUUUCAGGUGGGUAGUGCUUGUACAUAUUUAGAGCUUUCUGUGAUAGGCUGUUUAUUUCUACAGUAAAUUGCAGCACAGCGCAGGAGCACACUUAUCAACAUGGCUGGAAGUGUUGCUUUUGUGCCGCCUAUUUCUGCUUAAAAAGUGGAAGAGUACAAGUUUUUGUUUUAUGAGAUAAUCUACAAUGUAAAGAAGGACAUGGGUUUCUCAGCACCAUUUGGACCUACAACAUCUAGAUGACCUGCUACUAAUACACCAUUCCCAGGGAUCUUAUUUAGUUAUCAUAACAAAAAUGUGUUUGUAAUCAAUUUAAAUUGAAAAGAAAAUAGUCAUCCUGUACCUGUGUAACCUACCCAUGAUGCUUUGCAUUGAAGUCAUUCAUAGCCACCUGUCUAGUGUGAAGCUCAUUUGAUGUCAUCAUUGUUUUGAAACUUUAGGGGGAAAAAACACAAAUUAAAUUUGAAUACCCUUUAAUAAACACACUCAGCGGAACAACUUGUUUCAUGUGUUGUUUUUUGUGUUGUGAAGUAGCCUUACAUAUACUGCUCAG